AUACGUCGCGGAGUGUCGCAAAGCGUGCUAAGCUGCAACCCGUCUUGUGUCCGGUGGCCACAUUGGAAUUAAAUUUAGGAAACUCUGCUGCAGAAAAACAAUAACAGUAAUAAUGGCAGAUGAUGAAAAGCUACCACCUGGAUGGGAGAAAAGAAUGAGCCGCAGUACAGGCAAAGUGUACUACUUCAACCACUCCACUAAUGCCAGUCAGUGGGAGCGUCCAGUAGGAGACGGCCGCGGAGAACCAGAUAAGGUACGCUGCUCCCACCUCCUGGUGAAGCAUAAUCAGUCACGUCGUCCCUCGUCCUGGCGAGAACAAAAUAUCACACGAACAAAAGAAGAAGCCUUGGACCUCAUUCAGAAGUACAUAGAACAGAUCAAGUCUGGAGAGGAGGAGUUUGAGCAUCUGGCCUCUCAAUUCAGUGACUGCAGCUCUGCCAAGAACGGUGGAGAUCUGGGACAGUUUGGUAAAGGUCAAAUGCAGAAGCCUUUUGAAGACGCCUCCUUUGCUCUCAAGGUGGGCGACAUGAGUGGCCCCGUGUUCACGGACUCUGGAGUCCACAUCAUCUUACGUACUGGCUGAAAGGACAUACCUUCCACAUACUGCACUAUUCCAAACAUCCACACAUUCACACCUUCACACACAGUAACACCCAACCAGUGCCCUGAUUUAUUUUAAUGACAGACACGCCUGCCAAUAAAUAAAAUAAUGGGAAUCACAUGUUAGUACAUGACAAUUGUCCUCUUCCAAGCUUUAUAGAAGGUAAAUGGUAAAAUUGCCAGGUGUGUUGCAGAUCAUUGCUGUGUGAGUUUUUAUUACUGUGGCAAUGCAAGUCGAUGGAAACGGUUUCUGUGAUUCUGAGACACUGUCACAUAAUGGUUGACAAUUGAGAAUGUGUCUGUAUUCUGAAAAGCUUGUGUGUGUGUGUGUGUGUUUUUUUAUGUGCAUGUCUUGAAAAUGACCAUUAACUGUAUGUUAUGGUUUCCCCCUCUUUUAUGGUAUGUGUGCCAAAGCGAUUCCUCUUCCUCUGUUUUUGCAAAAAAGAUUCUUCAAGAUGUUUUCAGAUGCAAUCUUGUUCCUCUGUAUGUUAGUCAUUGAGUCAAACAUAUACACAAUUUUUUUUUUUCCAUUGUCCGCACAUUUCCAUCACCCCCAUCCUGAGGAAAUGCAAAUAUGGCACCACUAAAAAUGAGCAGGUUUUAACAGUCAGCUCCGUGUCUUUAAGAAGCAUCAAGGUUUAGAUGAAUUAUUUUUGCUUUUGUGUCUUUGGAGCUCUUCUUCCAUCAAUAAAGGAGUUUUUUUUCUAUUA